CGAUCUGGAAGGGUUCAAAACAAGACGAAACAAGAAGCCGUCGCUGGUGAUCACAGUCGGCUUCCUCCAAACAAGAGCUGCAACCCGGGAUCCCUUCCUCGCCUCCGUCGUCUCUAACCGCCACCUGUGCGCUCCGCCCGCUUGGCACCUGACGGGGCUCCUCCUUUUCCAAAGGGCGCCGCCCCCUGCCCUCCCCCACCUGCCGGACACGCCUCCACUCGAGUGGCUCCUCCCCUCUCCGAUUUCCCCGCCUCCCCCUCGCCCCAGCUCCCGGGCUCCGGCACCUGCUGCUGCUCUCGCUUUUCUCGUCGCCGCGCGUCGGGCGCCUCCUCGGGGAACGGGCGCGAUGGAGCCUCUGCCGCUGGCGCUGGGAUUGGCUGCGUUGCUGGCAGGCCUUUCUUACGGUGCGCUGCAGGUCCAGGUUGGAGCAAAAUCGGUGGUGGUGAUUCAAGGACAGCGGGCCAUCCUGCCCAUUUGGUAUACACCUGAGAGCACGGAGCAGCCCUUUGUCACAUGGCAUCUUGAAAGGCCUCAUAAACGUUCACAGAUCAUGGUGUACAUGUCUGGCGGGACAAAGGUGGUAGAUUCGGAUUUCAACCGUCGGCUCAGCUUCCUCUAUCCCAUGCCUUUCAAUAAUGUCUCCAUUGCAAUUAAUAAUACCAAAGAAGCCGACUCAGGGCAGUACAUGUGCACAGUUAACCUCCUCAACAGUGGGAGCGAGCAAAACAUUGGACUCAUCAACCUUACAGUCCUAGUUCCACCAUCCCUGCCAAAGUGUCAGAUUCAUGGAAGCCCUCGUGUCGGGGGGAACAUUACCAUGACCUGCAAUUCUACUUUUGGCAAGCCUAUCCCUAUGUACAACUGGAGACGCACUGGACCCACCAGUCAAGUUUUCUUUGAACCCGUGCAAGACCGCAAGAGGGGGAUUCUGAGGCUAAACAACCUCACGGCGGGUAUGUCCGGAACCUAUUUCUGCAAUGCUUCCAGCGAUGCUGGCUCUUCCAGCUGCACCAUCACCCUGGAGGUGUAUCCACCGAUCAAUGGAGCCAUGGUGGCUGGUGCCGUCAUAGGAGCCCUCAUUGGACUUGGCCUGAUCAUUUUGUUUCCACUUCAGAUGCUCUUCUACAGAAGGAAGAAGAAAGAAACGCAGGAGGAAAUGGCCAAUGAGAUCAAGGAAGAUGCUGUUGCCCCAAAGACUCUUUCCUGGGCGAAAAGUCCUGGCUCUGAUAUCGUUUCCAAAAACGGCACCUUGUCCUCCAUGAACACGACCCGGGAUCACAAACUCUACCCAUCCAAGCCGCCCUCAGACACGGCCUCCAUCACCACAGCCACUGGAAGCACGGUGGGCUACAAGCCCCCUUUCAGCAACCACUGCAGCGGGACCCACACGCCAACGCCCAGCCUCUCCAGCCAGUCCUUGCCCCUCUACUUCCCCCCAAUGGCAAACGGGGUCCAUUGCCACCACGCCAAUGUGCCAAUCCAUAGGAACACCCUCCACAGGACAAACGGGGCUCAGCCACAGGCCCCCCGACUACACGAGCCUGCUGCCCCCACCCAAGGGCUCACCUCCUCCACCCUGAGCCGCAUGGGGGCCGUACCCGUCAUGGUGCCUGCUCAGAGCCAAGCAGGAUCCUUGGUGUAAGGGCUUGGCAGCACCCUCCAAGUGCUUCAAGUGGUUCUAGCAAUCCCAUGCAAUGCAGAGAAGCUGGAAGCACUGGCUCUGGGAUGUCUGCCUGCCUGCCUUCAGAGCUCCUGGGUGAGGUUUUGCAGGUGUGUCCUUCGAAGGAGCAGUUUUCAAGGAACCACCAUCAAUGAGACUUCGCAAGGACUUGUGAGAUGAGCUUUUUGUAACACCUUUCAGAACUCUUCCUCUUGGUGCCCGAGUCGUGUCCAAGAGGCUGCAACUACUCGAAAAAAUACCAGUGGGUCUUUGCUUUGCUUUGCAAGAUGUGAUUCAUUCCUUUUUCUCUCUCUCUUAUUGGAGGAAGCAGCCAUGCUGGGAUUGGCUCUUCUUGACAUGGAAAAAAUGUGCCAGGGCAGAUCUGAAACCUGCAGCCAGAGUGAGGUGCUUCCUUGACCCACCUUUCCUUGGAGUAUCCCAAAAGGAUCAGAGGGCAUUGGGUGCUCUGGAGCAGAUGGCAAAGAAAUAGUGCAGCUUAGGUUAAAGGGAAGAGGGGGGGAUGUUCUCUGAACUUGAGUUAGUGCGGGAAAGCUGCAGAAUGACACCUCUCCUUUUUCAAGUUUCUAGACCAUGGGAGAUUCUUCAGAGUAGGAAUAUCUGUAGGAUAUUCAAUGUGUGAUGCACCUUUAGAUCACUGGCCGCUUUCCAUAACUUGGUUGCAGCAGAAUGAAUUAUGCAAGCAAAGGAAAUGAAUGCACAUUAGUUUGGUUUGCAGAAUGUUUGCAGGUUGUCUCUUGCUGCAGAAUUUGUAUUAUCUCAGCACUGGACAAAGAGCUUUGAUAGAGCCAGUGUGGUGUAGUGGUUAAGAGCGGUAGACUCGUAAUCUGGAGAACCGGGUUCGCGUCUCCGCUCCUCCACAUGCAGCUGCUGGGUGACCUUGGGCUAGUCAUUUGAUGUCUCUCAGCCCCACCCACCUCACAGGGUGUCUGUUGUCGGGGAGGAGGGGAAAGGAGAUUGUUAGCCGCUUUGAGACUCCUUCGGGUAGUGAUAAAGCGAGAUAUCAAAUCCAAACUCUUCUUCUUCUUCUUCUUCUUCUUCUUCUUCUUCUUCUUCUUCUUCUUCUUCUUCUUCUUCUUCUUCUUCUUCUUCUUCUUCUUCUUCUAUAGUCCAGUCUCUGUUCUUAAAUUGCUUUUAUUAUUAGUAUUAUUAUUAUCGGGGGGGGGGGAUGAAAUGGGAUGUCCUCCAUGCCACUCAAAAUAGCAAGAGCCCUCUGUCCACCUGCAGUUCCCAGUUAUUCAGAUAUGAAAGUUGAUGUGUAAAUUGGAUCAUUUUCUGUUUGCUAUCAAGAGUACCUGGGAGGGGAGACUAGGCAGGUUAGGGCAAGAGUGUGUCUUUUGUCACCGAGCAGGAAUCCCCCUCGACGAAAGUGGCCAGCAAAGGGAGGGAGGCUGCCUUUGGCUUUUCUUUUCGUUGCCAUUUAGGUGACCAACUUUUACUGCUAUUUUUAAAUGCGGAAAGAAAUGCAAGUUUUACAACUGCAAAUAGUUAUUUUUAAAAAAGCUAUUUCAAAAUUGAUUUGCAAAUGCUGGGAUGAGUGGGGAACAUCUGUAGUGCAGGCAUUGGACCUCCCCUGCAAUUUCUCUUUGUUUUCUCUGAGUAACCCCUUCUAAACAGCUUCAUUGUGUCACUGAGCCACUCCCGUCUCCUCCAAAAACUCCCACAGUAACUUGAAGCCCAGUUUUGGAUGAAUCCUCGCAGUUUUGGCUUUAAGAACGGAGAAUAUUUGGUUGGUUUCUUCUGCCCCCUUGUGAUGCACAGAGGAACUGCACCCAGUCAACAAUGCCACCUUGGGGAUGAGUAGACUCUUUGCAUCUUCAAUAAUAAGAUGUUUCUUCUUCCUGCCCCUCCCAAAAGCUUCUGCAACUAACCUGUAUGUAACCUUAUAUCAGAAUAUCCUAACAAUGGAUUCUCUAAGGGCGCCUUCAGUAUUUUAAUACAUAUUGUGCAAUUAUGUUUAUUCAAUGGACUUUUGAUCUUCUGUUUCUUUUCUUUUUUAUAAAAGUAGAUCUAGCACAUAAUUUAUACUUAUAGAUAUCAACAGGUCUGUGAAUCCUGGCUAGAGUCCUCUAACCAUUUUCAUGUUGGCUAAUUUUUUUAAAUGGCAAUGAGAUCCUUCUGUUACAUGAGAAGCUAGGAAAGCACUGAAAUAUUUUUAUGUACAGUUUGAAAAACAUAUUAUUUUUCAUAAAUAAAAGUAUUUGUUUUUUAUAUUAAA